GCGUACUAUGGUUUGUACAGAUGAACGUGCUACUUUCAGGCGUUUCGAAAUUGCUCCCAAGGAUGAACCAGACUUGUGGAGGUCUAACAUUUUUUUCUGAGGUCUUUGCUGAUUUCCCCAUGAUGUCAAGCAAAGAGGCACUGAAUUUGAAGCAUCUUCUGCUCCAACUAUGACAGUGUGGGGGUCCAGAGUGAAGCGCUACAUGGGGCCUAACGUCUACACGGCUCCCCCAGAUGGUGGCUGGGGCUGGGUGGUGGCAGUCUCCUUCUUCCUGGUGGAAGUGUUCACCUACGGAGUCAUCAAGAGCUUGGGUAUCUUCCUCCAGGACCUGAUGGGGGAGUUUGGGGAGAGCAACAGCCGAGUCUCUUGGAUCAUCUCCAUCUGCGUCUUCACUAUGAGCUUCGCUGCUCCUCUUGCUUCUAUAUUGACCAACCGAUUUGGGUUCCGGCCAGUUGUUAUGAUUGGUGGACUCCUCAUCUCCAUAGGAACCAUCGCCAGUGGCUUCACCAACUCCAUCAACGAGAUGUACAUCACCAUCGGACUCGUUGCAGGCCUGGGGUACUGUCUGACCUUCCUGCCCACCGUCACCCUACUGUCUCAGUACUUCUCCCAGCGACGUUCCCUGGUCACAGCUGUCGCCUCCACGGGAGAGUCCUUCUCUGUGUUCGCCCUCGCCCCAGCAUUCUCUGCUCUGAGGGACUGUAUCGGCUGGCGUUACACUCUGGUGAUUAUCGGAGCUCUGCAGGGCAUCAUCAUCAUCUGUGGAGUUUUGCUAAGACCAAUCUUCAUCAGACCUGGAUCAGCCACUGAGACAGAGACAGGUGGACUGGCUGACCAAGAGCUGAAGGCUCUGAACACACAGGAGGAGUCCUACACUAAGGAGAGACUGUACACUAAGGACAUUUCAUAUGCUAAGGAUAGCUAUUACACACCGCAGAGUUCCUACUCUCAGGAGAACAAGCUGACUCAUUGUUACUCCCUGAGCUCUGAGUCUGAGGACUCUGGGGUCCAGUCCCUCCAUCACCAGGUCCUGGAUGAUGGUAGCAAGGCAGGGAUGGAUAUUCCUCUGAAUGGGAAAGAGGAGAAGGGAGAAAAGGAGGGAAAAGAGAGAAGAGAGAAGGAGGCGUCUUCACAGCUGUGCUUAGGAAGCAAGAAGGAGAUGGAGAAGGACGAGGAGCAGACAUGGACAGUAUCCGCCCAAAAGCCCAAACUCCUUGACUUCUCCGUGCUGAGAGAAGGCAGCUUCAUUUGCUAUGCUCUCUUCGGCCUCUUCGCCACAUUGGGUUUCUUUGCCCCUCAGCUCUACAUCAUUGAGCUGAGCGUGAGCCGUGGCGUGGAGCGUGACCGUGCAACCUACAUGCUCUCCGCCAUGGCGGUUGCAGAGAUCUUUGGUCGCCUCUCCAUUGGUUGGGUGCUAGGCAGGAAACUGUUUAGAGGCAGGAAGCCCUUGGUGCUGCUAGGAUGUGUAAUCCUGCUGUGCCUGGUGCUGGUGGCCUUUACCCUGGUGUGGGAGUUCUGGGGCCUGGCGAUAUGUUGUGGGUUCUAUGGUUUUUUCAUGGGCACUGUGUCAUCAACGCAUAUACCCAUGCUGGCAGAGAAAGAUGUGGUGGGAAUAGAGAGGAUGGCGUCGGCCGCGGGAGUCUAUGUGUUUAUACAGAGCUUCGCUGGGCUGGCCGGACCACCUCUAGGAGGUGUUCUGGUGGACCUGACUCAGAACUACGGCUCAGCUUUCUACUCCUGUGCGGUGGGUAUGGGUUUGGGAGCUGUGUUCCUGGGACUGGUACGACCAGCCAAGAGAGGCUUGCCCUGCUGCAGCAAGAGGGGGCCUCAAAAUUGCCCAGAACCAGGGAACCCUGUACCUCAGCGAGAGGGGAAGGAGGCCCAGGACAGAGACAGUCUUCAGGACUUCCUAGAAGUUGACCUUGAUUUGGACCAGAAACAGGAAAUCAUUACUGAAAAAGGCCAACUGAUGACAAUCUCUACUUGAAAAGACAUCACACAGCUCAGAAGGAAACCCCAUAAGAGUCUGAACUGAAGUCUUGGCUAAGCUAGUGCUGAUUGAGACAAAUCAGACAAAUAUGUGAAUAAAGAAUGCCAUGGACGGAUAAGGAAUCUCUAUCCUGUGAUUUCAGAUCUGGUUUCGGGAGUCUGGAGAGGUUUCAUAUCUCCAGUCACUCACACUGAACAAAGGAAAGGGCAUACUGCACAUCCUGGAUGUAAGGGGUGAAAUUAGCACUACUAACCUUGUAAACUGAGACAACAAUGUUAUUAUUGCUUCCCUGAAUAUCAAAACACUGUGUUUUAGCUCAUGGUACUGUUAGAGAGGAUAUACAAACAAUAUGUAGAGGCCAGUUAUUAGAUUUAUGAAGUCAGCUGGGAAACCUUAUUACGCUCACACUUGAUUUCAAAAGGUCAAUUGUAAGGCAACUAGCUGCAAUAGGAUUUUGAGUUUCCUCCCCAAAAUAACAUGAAAGUUGAUUCAACUUACAAUUGUAUCUCAUUUGGGAGUAAUGCUGAACAAACAUACAUUCUCAACUUGAGAAUGUAUGCUCACUCAACUUUUAAUUUUAGGUUGAGUGAACAUACGCUGAACAAAAAUAUAAACGCAACAUGUAAAGUGUAAAGCCCAUGUUUCAUGAGCUGAAAUAAAAGAUCUCCUAAAUUGUCCAUACGCACAAAAAGCUUAUUUCUCUAAAAUGUUGUGCACAAAUGUUUACAUUCCUAUUAGUGAGAAUUUCUCCUUUGCCAAGAUAAUCCAUCCACCUGACAGGUGUGGCAUAACAAGAAGCUGAUUAAACAUGAUGAUCAUUACACAGGUGCACCCUGGGGACAAUAAAAGGCCACUCUAAAAUGUGCCGUUUUGUCCCACAACGCCACAGAUGUCUCAAGUUGAGGGAGCGUGCAGUUGGCAUGCUGCCUGCAGGAAUGUCCACCAGAGUGGUUGCCAGAGACUGUCAUGUUAUUUCUCCACCAUAAGCCACCUCCAACAUUGUUUUAGAGAAUUUGGCAGUACGUCCAACCGGCCUCACAACCGCAGACCAUGUUUAUGGCGUUGUGUGGGCGAGCAGUUUUCUGAUGUCAACGUUGUAAACAGAGUGCCCCAUGGUUGUGGUGGGGUUAUGGUAUGGGCAGGCACAAGCUACAGAAAACAAACACAAUUGCAUUUUAUUGAUUGCAAUUUGAAUGCACAGAGAUACCGUGACGAGAUCCUGAGGCCCAUUGUCGUGCAAUUAAUCUGCCAUCAUCACCUCAUGUUUCAGCAUGAUAAUGCACAGCCCCAUGUCGCAAGGAUCUGUGUACAAUUCCUGGAAGCUGAAAAUGUCCCAGUUCUUCCAUGGCCUGCAUACUCACCAGACAUGUCACCCAUUGAACAGGUUUGGGAUGCUCUGGAUUGACGUGUACGACAGCGUGUUCCAGUUCUAGACAAUAUCAAAUAUAACUUUGCACAGCCAUUGAAGAGGAGUGGGACAACAUUCCACAGGCCACAAUCAACAGCCUGAUCAAUUCUAUGCGAAGGAGAUCUGUCACGCUGCAUGAGACAAAUGGUGGUCACACCAGAUAAUGACUGCUUUUCUGAUCCAAGCACCCCAUUUUUCUAAAGGUAUCUGUGACCAACAGAUGCAUAUCGGUAUUCCCAGUCAUGUGAAAUCCAUAGAAUAGGGCCUAAUUCAUUUAUUUCAAUUGACUGAUUUCCUUAUAUGAACUGUAACUCAAUAAAACAUUUGAAAUCGU